GAAUUUGUCAAACAUUGGGAAGAAAAGUAGGGUGCAACAAAAGGGAUUCUAUACCUGUGGAAGCAAGAGCUUUGCUAACAAAGUGGAGGAGCUAAGAGAAGAGCAUUUGGAUGAUGUUGGGAAGAUUGAAUUCUAUCAUAUAACACACACCUUAAAGAAUGAAUGAGGCUGAGGCUACCUUUGAAAAAUAUAAGCAAGAGAACCCAGAUUCAAGCACUAAAGAUUUGUUAAAAGCUAAAAGGAAAAUCAUGUGCGAAGUUAGGGGGUUUGAAAGGAGUGGACAUGUAAGAGGAUUGGGGUUAGGACCAACCUCAACCUCAAUUGGUAUCUCCAAGGCUUCUUCGAGUAAAAAUUGCAAAUUGAAAAAAGAGUUGAAAGAUCUGAAGGGGUAGAUGUCAGCUGUACUUGCAAUUCUCAAUGAUGCUGGAUUGGAUCUAUCUAGCAUUACUGCUAGGGUAAAUGCAAACCAGCCUUCUUCUUUUUCUUCAUUGAGCCAGCCUUCCUCAUCAAGCCAGCCUUCUUCAAGCCAACCCUCUUCAAGCCAACCCUCUUCAAGCCAACCCUCUUAUUCAAGCCACCCUUCUUCAAGCCAAAUGUAGUAAUCUUGUGUUAAUUAUUCUAGUUUUUGGAUGCAAUUGCUUAGAUUAAUUAGUGUCAUAGAUGUUUUGGUGACAAUUUGGUAAGAAAUGGUUUGAAGUAAU